AUGCGUGGUGUCGGUCUUCUCCUCCUGCCCGUGGUUGCCAAGUUGGCUUCCGCCCAAACUCAGUACAACAUCAACGUUACUGCUAUCCCUGAGGCCACAAGAGAUAUCUGGUGCACCAACCAGCAGAAUGCUUGCCCUCUGAUCUGUCUCCAGACUCCCGCCAACUCCUCGGACACCAUUGAGACCCUCGACUUCUCCUGCAUCUGUGCAGACAACGUUGCCCCCAACGCUUCCGAGUACUCCCAAACGAUCCCAUACUACAUCUGCACCGAACAGGGCACCCAGUGUAUCGCAGGCUGCGGUGGAAACACAGCCCAACACCCCUGCGGUGCUCAGAACCCCAAGCGCGUCAACGUCACAUCCACCUCUUCCUCCGCAACAGCCUCAAAGACCGGCUCCAACCAAGGAGAGGCCACAAACUCUGCCGGCCAGACCAUAUACUCUGGUCUCGGUGGUAGCGGCGGUGCUGCUCAGACCAGCACCAGCAGUACCAAGACUGGUUCUGCUGCUGCUCUCCAGCUCGGCCAGGCUUACGGCCUGUUUGCCGUUACUGCUGGUAUCUUCGGAGGCUUUGCUCUUCUCCUGUAA